AUGGGCCUUGCUCUUCACAACUCGCCUGUCGACCUGGCCUUCGCGGCCAAGCACUUCCCUAUCACCUGCCCCCGUCCCACCGCCAUCCGCAAGCCCCGAUCCGCUCACCCCAAGGCUGUCGCCCGCGCCCUCCUCGAGCGUGGCUUCGCCCCCGAAGACCUCCCUGUUCUCUCCCGCGAAGCCCACGUCCACGUCCCUCGCCGUAACGACCACCGCGCCCGCCGUCACCACGGCGCCGCCCCCGACUCGGACCACGACGGCAUCCGCCUUGCCCGCAGUACCGUUCCCCUACCGAGCGACGGCUCACGCGACCGCGUCCCCUCGCUCGAGCGCCAGAACGCCUUCUGGGACCCCCGCACCACGAAGCGCUCCUCUGUGGCCGUUGCCGCUGCCGCUGCCGCGAGGCUCGUCGGCGACGAUGACGAUGCUGACGUCGCCGAGCUCUACAGGCUCGGUCUCCUCUACGAUGACGACCACACGCGGGGUGCCGGCUUUGGCCUAGACGCCAUUGUCCGCGACGAGCCCGUCUACUCCAUCACAACGCGCGCUGCCUCGCACCGCCGGGCCACCAAGCGCAACCAUCGUGGUGCCGCGGCCACGCGCAGCAGGGCGUCCACGACCGAGAGCCUGGCGCUGCAGAUGGACUGGGACUUCACGGGGCUCGAGGACGACGACGAUGUGGCGCGCUAUCUGCUCUCCGAGUCCCGCGAGGUGGCCGCCGCCGCCGAGGGUCGUCACAGGCGGGGCUACCGCACCGUCUGGCGGUCCCUGCCGGCCAUCGAUGAGCCGGCUGCCGGACAUACGCCUGAGCUGAUCCCCGACGAGGCCGAGGAGGAGGAGAGCGACGAGAGGCCUGAGCGUGACGUGGACAAUGAGCUUGACGACGAGACGGAGUGGGCUGUCCUGCCGCGCGAGCGAGACGCAGACGAUGUGGCGACGACGACCGUGAUAGAGGACGCUGCCACCGGAGUUUGGAUCGUGUUGGGAGAUGGCUCGUAA